AUUUUUUGCUGGACAAUCUUGAUCUGGGCAUCUUUAACAAGGCACACAACAUGCUCCCCAGGAUAAGCGACUUCGACCCUGAAUCGUUUAGCCGAAUGCUGACCAUGGCUCUCGAUCCUGUCAAAGGAUCUAAGUCCUACUCGCAUGCUAAUAUAACAGAUGCUUCGACCGUUUGCUACACACGGCAGAAGUACCAGUCUCAGGCCCCGACGUCAUUGAUACUCAAGAGGCAGCCUAGGCUCUCCGGCACGCCACCGGCUGCUCAGCAGCGGAACAACACUCCCCCAACAGCCAUUGGUGCAGUUCCUGGUCCACUAGAAUUUGCUAAAUACCUCCGGGAGAAGUACCCACACCUUGUAUGUGUGAUGUUCAUGUUUCAGUAACUGAUGAGAUCACCAUGGUAUUAAAACAGCACAACUCUAGGGCCAUUAUGCACUUGACGAAAGCUAGCAACUCCAUCCAGCAGGCUCUGUUAGAAGCGAAAAAUGGGUUGCAGAUGGAUAUGUACAAGUUAUCAGAUAAAGUAAUCAAUUCACCCGCCACAUGAUGUGUGUGUUGUCGCGCGAGGGGUUUUAAUGAUUGUCCUGCAGCAGCACCCGCUAAUUCCAAGGCAGUACGGUUUAACACGCGGGUGGCACAUAGGAUACAUGGUCAAAGGCUUGAAUUGUCUGAUAAUGAAGCUACAUCACCUGGUCCCAACCCAAAACGCCCCCACAACACGAGGGGUUUUAAUGAUUGUCCUGCAUCAGCAUCCGCUAAUUCCAAGUCAGUACGCUUUAGCACGCCGGUUGCACAAAGGAUACAUGGGCAAAGGCUUGAAUUGUCUGAUGACGAAGCUACGUCACCUGGUCUCAAACGGAAACGCCCCCACAACGUCGACGAUUGCACAUCUGUCAGCAAGAAGUCCUCAUCAGGAGCAUCGGGCGGUCUAUUCAAUUUUUUCAAGACUAACCUAAUGGCAAUAGCUCAACUCUAUGCGGAUCUCCCAGCCAACACACCCGCUACUGUAUUCGGCCAAUGUUGCACCAACUUACAGAAGCGGAAGUAUGUAUUCCAGCAUGGUUUUGCAACUGAUCCAUGGGGAAAGGGAGUUGUGCAACACCCCCGCAUGGUCCAACCACGGACCUCCUUGCUGCCCAUUUAUCGAAGCUGCCUGAACAAGAUCUUCAGAGGAACUACAUUAUUCACGCCAGCCCUAGGAUUAUACGCAUCUCUGGGUUGGCUAUGAGUCAGCAGUUAGUUGGCACGCGGGGUCUCCACCACGAGCUCAUGUCUAUCAUCAUGCGAAGGUAUACACAGUCAGAUCAGGAAGCCAAUUCCGAAUGCCCAUACAUGAAAUGGAGGCACAACAUGGAACCCGACUUCGCGACAAUUGUCCUAGCGGACCAUGAAUAUGUGACAAACAUAUCCAUCCAGAACCAGCUCAUUGGCAAGGAAAUCCCGUACGACAUAACUUCCUGCCAGAUGUUUUUCUUACCAGUCCCGCUGGAGGAUGGCUGGAUAGCACUGAUGUGGGACAUGAUGGAGAGGAAGCUCCACAUCCUUCACCCACUCAUCAGAGGUGAUGGUCCUAGCGAACCAACGAAAGACAAGCUCGAGUUGGUUGCCUGGAAACUUCACCAUGCGCUGUUCGACUGCCUUAAUGAGUAUUAUGCUGGAUGGCCUACGCAAGAUGGCCAGUGGGUGACCAAGUACCCAGUCAUAGCUGAAGAAAAUUUUAGCAGAGAUGAAACUGGCGCGUGUGUGCUCCAUAUCUGCUGGCACUAUGAUGGCGUCAAGAUGAAGAUUCCCCUUACCAAG